AUGAAUGGAUCUGGACGGUAUUAUGCUGAGCGAAAACUACAAGCAGCUGUUGAAGAGGUGCUGCCAAGUCUGAAAAAAGAUGACGUGUCCAUCUAUUAUGUGAGCAGAACUUCUAACACGGAUGGGAUUGACUCUUUCCUGGACAAAGUGGGUGAAGUAUCAGCUGAACCCAUCCCAGAGUCUUGGAGAUCUGAAGUCACUUUUUCCACUCCUGCCUUAUACAUUUAUACCUCUGGAACCACAGGUCUCCCAAAAGCAGCAAGGAUCACUCAUCACCGCAUAUGGUAUGGAACUGGCCUGGCUGUGGCAAGUGGGAUUGAGGAAGAUGAUGUCAUGUAUAUCACUCUGCCCUUGUACCAUAGUUCUGCACUUUUGAUUGGAUUACAUGGAUGUAUCCUGAAAGAUUUAUAUUUUCAACGUGAUCUACUUCUUCUCCCUCUACCACAGAAACCAAAUGAUCGUGAUCAUAAAGUGAGACUGGCAAUCGGAAAUGGCUUGCGAGGAGAUGUUUGGACAGAAUUCGUCAAGAGAUUUGGGGACAUUCAUGUUUAUGAGUUCUAUGCUUCCACUGAAGGAAACAUUGGAUUUAUGAAUUAUACAAGAAAAGUUGGUGCUGUUGGAAGAGUAAACUGUCUACAAAGAAAAUUUGUAACUUAUGAGCUGAUUAAAUAUGAUGUGGAGAAAGAUGAGCCUGUCCGAGAUGGAAAUGGAUAUUGCAUCAAAGUUCCCAAAGAGCCAUUGAAAAUAGCUCUUUUUUUCCUCACUUUAUUUCUAGGUCAUGAGGGUCGAAUUGGCAUGGGCUCGAUCAAGAUGAAGGAGGACCAUGAAUUUGAUGGAAAGAAACUCUUUAAGCACGUUGCUGAUUACCUGCCUGCUUAUGCCAGACCCCGCUUUAUAAGAGUACAGGACACUAUUGAGAUCACUGGAACUUUCAAACAUCGCAAAAUAACCCUUGUGGAGGAGGGAUUUAACCCUGCAGUCAUCAAAGAUGCCUUGUAUUUCUUGGAUGACCAAGCAAAAAUGUAUGUGCCUAUGACUGAGGACAUUUAUAAUGCCAUAAAUGAUAAAACUCUGAAACUCUGAAUAUUCUCAGGAGGACAACUCAUAAUAUUCCCAGAAUGAAACUGAAUAAGCCUAGUACAGCCACUUGAUAUAAUCCAACUUAAAUUUGAUUGAAGAGUGUGAGGUGCAGUUUUUCUUAGGAAAUUAUGCCUACUGAUAAAGAAAGAUUUUUUUUUUUCUUAAAUUACGCCUGAACCUUUGUAAGUGAAAAGAUUUAGAGAUAAUUAUUUUUUAAUUUGCAUCUGCUGUUUGUAUUUGCCCACUGAGCUUGCUGGAGGGAGGGGGUUAUUUUUUUAAACAUAUAAUAAAAUAGAUGAACACCAGCAUAUGAGAUGGCACUGUCUCUCGUGUUCUUUCCUGACUUUAAAUGCAAACCCUGUGGCAGCUCCUUGAGUCUGACAGCCUCAUUGGUAACUUUUCACAAGUGUCCCACUCACAAUGGUGAUGGUAUUCUAGAUGAA